UACAGAGCUCUGCAUUUCUUCUGUUUUUCUUAGUUAACAUUUUAAUCUUUGAUUUUAACUUCAACAAUGGGAAAGGGACCUGGUUUUUACACUGACAUUGGCAAGAAGGCUCGAGAUCUUCUGUAUAAGGACUACGAGCCAAAGGAGAAGUUAACAAUUACUUGCUACUCUGCCACCGGAGUUCUUAUGACAACCAUUACAAUUGAUGAAGCUGCUCCUGGGUUGGAAACAAUUUUUAGCUUCAGAGGUCCUCACCAAAGGUCAGAGUUGGAACUUCAAUAUUUACAUGACUUUGCUGGUAUAAGCACCAGUAUUGGAUUGACAGAGAACCCCAUUGUUAGCUUCUCUGGUCUAGUGGGAACUAAUGUUCUUUCUCUUGGAACUGAUGUGUCAUUUUACACCAAGUUGGGAACAGUCUCUAAGUGCAAUGCUGGCUUGAGUUUCACAAAGGCUGACCUCAUUGCUUCUUUGCAUCUGAAAGACAAGGGAAACACUCUCAGUUCAUCAUACUACCACGCGCUCAGCCCCGUGACCAAUACUAUUGUUGGAGCGGAGGUGGCCCAUAGCUUGUCCACCAAAGAGAACACCAUAACUGCUGGCAUUCAGCAUCAGUUGGAUCAGCAGACCACUGUGAAGGCGAGUGUAAACAAUUUUGGCAAGGCAACUGCGCUGCUCCAACAAGAGUGGUGUCCAAAGUUUCUUUUCACCAUUUUGGGUGAAAUUGACACCAAAGCUACAAAGGCAAUAUAUGGAUUGGCUUUAGCCAUAGGAGUCACUAGCCCAAUUGGAAUGAUGCUCGUUCUGUGGCGAUUAUAGUGUUUGGACUGUAAAAAUGACUCUAGGUGGUCGCUAGAACCAAUGUCUUCUUUUCCCAAGUUCAUACAUUCUUACACACCCUUUUGCGAAACUGGUAAUGGGUUCUCCCAUUGUACUACUUUUGAGAUUUCACUUUGAGGUUUUUUUCCCAUUUAAAAGCCAGUUUUGGAGAUUAUUGUUGGUCUGGCGUCAUUUCUACUAGCACUAUUGGGAAUAUAUCAUUUGAUUUGGAUGCUUAUGUCUAUUUGAUUGUACGACGAGAGCAAGACAGGUGGCCUGCCAACCUAGCCAAUAUUUUAUACUUAUACGCUUUUGUGGUGAAAAUGACAUCAGGAUCCAGGAAGAAUUGAUUAAUAUGAUAUUUCAAAUGUUUGGCAUGUAUGGAUACCAAUGAAUUCGAUGGAGUGACAGGUAGAAAAAUUAUUUCGAGAGACCCAGGUCGUUUGAAAAUUUUCAAGGACCAAAGCCUCUUUCUG